GGCCAUAGACCUUUAUUUAUUUGUUUACAUUUAGCAAGUUUAGCAUAGUUUUAUUCUCUAAACAAAGAAGAAAGUGCAUAUGUGUAAAGUAAAUAAUCAGCUCUACCUUUUCAGUUUGGAGGAAACCUGCUCAGCCGGUCUGUCAUUUGCCUUGAGGUGACAUGUGGCAAACCAUGAAAAACCUGUAUUCUUAAAUUUUGACCUUUACUGGAAAAUCUAUUAAAAGACACAAAAUAAAAACCCAAAUGCAUUUGUGACACUGUUGACGGUUGUGGUUCAAACAACUUGCACCAAUUUUAGAACUGGUGGUGUCACCUGUCAGUCACUAGGUGGGUGUAUAUGACGCAUGACUGCCAAGGAAUGUAGAAAGAGAGAAAGGGUGGAGUUUACGGUCGGUGUACUCCCUGUUGUUUGUCUCUGUCGUCAGCGUAUGCUAAGAGACAAGAUGAAAAUGGUUUAAAAGGGACGUGUAACUUUCUCUUGAAUACUUCAACGACCUUUUACUUUGAGUACCCUGUUGGACCUGAAUGGACCGGGACUUUGAAAGCUUAAUGGAUGGUCUUCCUUGUUAGGAAUGUGUCACUUUUGGCACAGGCUUACUACUUUUCACAGUGGGAAUCCCACGUGGACACCGACAAAGACUAACAUGUUGCUUGUCUGGGAAUUUCUGUGGUACUUUAAGAUGAGCCCCAAAGGCUUUUAGUCUGGUAAGGGAUACCGGUGAUGGACACAUUAAAAGACCUGCCACCUGCUGUUGGUAAAAGGAAGAGUGUGAGAAAUGGUAAAGAUGUUUGCAAGUCUCCCACACAGGUACCCAAGUUUGAGUGGACCAACAAAUACCACAAACCCACUAAAGGCCAGGGAUUUGUCAAACAAGCACUGUCACCCUUAAACACAACGAUCACUAAACUCAGCCAGCACCGGAAAACAGAGAAAUCAUCGGACAAAAGGGGAAAUCUAGAAAAGGAGAAAGGUUCUAACAGUACCACACAGAAGUCCAAAGCUUAUCCUAGCCCAGAGAGUCAAGGCAUCCCCAGUCGAGAGGACCGGGAUGACAUGGUCCGCUCUUCCAGCCACACCCCGUCCAACAAAGCUCAGAUACUGGCCAUGCCGCAGUUCGGCUUGCGAGACAACCUUAUCAGGUGUGAGCUGCUGAAGAAUGAAGACCUUUACACCUACCUGGAGGACUUCAGCUUUUUUCUGGGCACGUACAAUGUCAAUGGACAGACACCAAAGGAAAGCCUCCGUCCUUGGCUGAGCUGCACUCUCAACCCUCCUGACAUGUACUGCGUGGGUUUUCAGGAGCUGGACCUCAGCAAAGAGGCUUUCUUCUUCAAUGACACCCCCAAAGAGCUGGAGUGGACGAAGGCAGUGUCCGAGGCCUUGCAUCCAGAUGCCAAGUAUGCCUUAGUGAAGUUGGUGCGCCUGGUGGGUAUCAUGCUGAUCUUCUAUGUGAAGAAGCAGCAUGCAGAGUUCAUAUCUGAUGUGGAGGCUGAGACUGUGGGCACUGGCAUUAUGGGAAGGAUGGGAAACAAAGGUGCCGUGGCCAUCCGUUUUCGCUUCCACAACUCUGAUAUCUGCGUAGUCAACUCUCACCUAGCUGCCCACAUUGAAGAAUACGAGAGACGUAAUCAAGACUACAAGGACAUUUGCGGCCGUCUCCAGUUUCGCCAGCUUGACCCUACCCAGCCUCCACUCACUAUCAUGAAGCAUGAUGUGAUUUUGUGGAUUGGGGACCUCAACUACAGGAUCAGCGACCUUGACGUCGACAAUGUGAAGGAGCUAAUCAGCAAGAACGAAUUUGAAACGCUGCACAAUUAUGAUCAGCUCAAGAGGCAGAUCGACGAGGAGGCUGUGUUCGUUGGCUUUGUGGAGGGAGAGAUUAAUUUCCAGCCCACCUACAAAUAUGACACCGGCUCUGACAAGUGGGAUACAAGCGAAAAAUGUCGCGUUCCUGCGUGGUGUGACCGUAUCCUGUGGAGAGGGAAGAACAUCAAGCAGCAGCAUUAUCAGAGUCACAUGGCUCUGAAGACCAGUGACCACAAACCAGUCAGUUCCCUGCUUGUCACUGGGAUCAAGAGAGUCAACAGUGAGGACUAUAAGAAGACCUUUGAAGAGAUUGUACGCAAUAUAGACAAGAUGGAGAAUGAGUGUAUUCCAUCUGUAACCUUGGCCAAGCAAGAGUUCCACUUUAAGGACGUGAAAUACAUGCAGCACCAGGCAGAGACAUUGAGCCUCUUCAAUGACGGGCAGGUCCCGUGUCAGUUUGAGUUUAUCCAGAAGCCGAACGAGCCCACGUACUGCAAGCCCUGGCUCACAGCCAACCCUCCCAAAGGCUUUAUCGCUCAGGGUGGUUCUGUGGACAUUGAGCUUGAGGUUUUUGUUAACCGCUCAACGGCGCCUGAUCUCAACUGUGGCAAGGAGCAGAUUGAGGACAUCCUGGUGCUCCAUCUGGAGCGUGGCAAGGACUACUUCAUCUCUGUGACAGGAAACUACCUGCCCAGCUGUUUCGGCACCUCCAUACGGUCAUUGUGUCACAUGAGGGAGCCCAUCCGGGACAUGCCGCAAAGCACCCUGCGUGAACUGGUGGAGAUGUCUGGAAAUGAGAAUGUAGCAAACACUGAAAAGCCUCUGGACAUUCCUAAAGAACUCUGGAUGAUGGUGGAUCACUUGUUCCGCAAUGCAAUCAAACAGGAAGAUAUAUUUCAGCAACCUGGGCUCCGGAGUGAAUUUGCAGACAUAAGGGAUUGCCUUGACACUGGCAUGCCAGAUACUCUCCCGGGCAGUAACCACUCGGUGGCAGAAGCCUUGCUUCUCUUCCUAGAUGCCCUCCCAGAGCCCGUGGUUCCCUUCUCCUUUUACCAGCAGUGCCUAGAAAGCUGCGUCAGUGCCACUCAGUGUGAGAAAACAAUUUCCAUGCUACCUCAGUGCCAUCAAAAUGUGUUCAACUAUUUAGCUGCCUUUCUCCGUGAGCUGUUGAAGAAUUCUGCUAGCAAUCGAUUAGAUGUCAACAUUUUGGCCACCAUUUUUGCCUCCCUCCUUCUGAGGUCCCCUACGAAGCAGGAACUCGCAGAAAAGAGGAAGACUCAGGAGUUCUUUCAGCACUUUCUAACCCAGGGGUCCACCUAGACGGAGGACUCAGAAGCUGAAGACGAACACUAAAAACUGUACAGUCCAGUAUUUGAAAUAAACUGUAAUGAUUUCUUAUAUUCGUAGAUGACUCUUUGUAUAGAUAUUGAGUAAAAAAUCACUGUAAGUGGAAGUUCUUAUCCAAUUAGUUUAUUUUGAAGCAAUGUUUGUCAUCUGUUCGAUGCACAAAGUCUAUUGUAUAUCACUGAGCAUCUGUAGAGAUAACAAUUUUUAAUGUUAUGUAUAUUGUAUUUAAAAGAAGGAAGGACAAAUUUGUAUUUUAAUGUUUCUGAUCUCAACAGUAUAUUGUUUUAUAUAUAAAACUGUUGGAAACAA